UCUAUCAAUGAACUUUAGUCGCGUCGCGUGGCAACGAAUGAGGAGUAUAAAGUAUUAAACAUUAGUAGGUAGAGGAUUGUGCUAAAGAUGCUUGACAUAAUUGAAACGUUUAAAUUUGUGCUCAUAAGAUAUACAAUAUACAAUUUUAAUAUUACAAGUGAACAAUUAGUGAAAUAAUCUGCAUUCUGACGGCUGAAAGAAAUGGAGCUGAAUGAUUCAAUCAAGAACAGCCUUGGUCGUAUGAUCCUGCAGGGCAACUAUAACGUUAAGAUACGCUCAAUGGAAUCCCAAGUGCUUCAGAUUAAAGAUACAGAACAUAUAACGAUAUAUGACAACGAAACAAAUGCUACUGCAGAGGACGUGGACGAUCCGUGUGACGGGGAAUCAAUGAUGAUAAAUGCUUCCAAUUGUCGAGGAAUACUUAAAGAGUUCCAGUCUUCCCACUGGUUUACUCCAAGCCAAGAGGCCUUACUCAUUGUGUUUUAUUGCGUCGCCAUUAUUCUUGGUAUCCUAGGAAAUUCCAUUGUCGUGUACAUUGUUCUCAAAUUUAAACAUCUUCACAAGCCUAGAAAUUUCUUGAUACUGAAUCUCUCUGCGUGUGGCAUUAUCAUGUGUAUCGCAUGCAUGCCAUUUUCUUUGAUUCGUUUGACGUUAAAAAACUGGGAGCUUGGUGACUUUCUGUGCCGUUUGAGUCCAACGCUGCAAACUAUAGAUGUAUUCGUAUCAACUUUCACAAUAGUAGCUAUAGCGGUUGAUAGGUACUCGGCUAUCGUAUGUGCCUCAAGGGAGUCGAGUAACCGGAAAUUGGUUUACUACUCCAUUAGUCUUAUAUGGUUCUGUUCAAUUAUUCUGUGUAUUCCAAUGAUGAUGUUUCAUGAGGUGCAAGAAGUAUACCCAGAAGCAUUGAACGUUCAGCUGUAUACAAUCUGCAUGGAAGUGUGGCCGUUUGAUUGGAUGAGAAAAUUGUACACAACAUGUGUUCUCCUGAUACAGUACGCGGCACCGCUUGCAAUAAUAUCAGUACUGCAUGGCAGAAUUUGCCGAUUCCUGCGGCUAAGAAUCAAUGACAAUCCACGAACGGACUUGGAGAUGGCCAGAGUAUUACGUGAUAUCAAGCGUCAGAGGAAAAACAUGCUGCUACUUACAGGAAUAGCAGUCUCGUUUGCAGUAGCAUGGCUUCCGCUCACAGUCCUCAACACGCUUGCUGAUUACGACUUCCAGUUGUUUCUCAACAGAAACUUCAAUCAUGCCUACGCAUACUGCCUCCUAGCUGCCAUGUGUUCUGCAUGUUUGAACCCGAUAAUCUACGGCUGGUUUAACUCGAAUUUCAAGAAGGCAUUUUUGCUAGUCCUUUGUUCAAUUAAACAUUCGGUAACAGAUCUCACAGAAAUGGCAACAAUUAAAAAUGAUUCAAAAGGAAACAGCCAUCAGCCGUAUCGGUUUUACAGCAGUCUUCGUUUAGACUCGGCAGAUCCUUUGGCCACUUGCAGAUCGAUAUCAAGUCGAUCGGCUUCAAAAUCAAGCAGCCAGAACAGUAUAGCCAGCAGCAAAUCAUGUGGAUCUAAAAGUGCAGCUUGCAAAUCGUCCGCUUUGGAACCUAUUCAGUUGCAGGCCAGUGACUAAAUCAUACGAAAGUAUAUAGAAUUAAACCGGUUGAUUGUAAACAUUCUUUAAUUUAACAGAGCUAGAUUUUAAUAACUGGUUUUUGAUACGACAAGUUCGUUUAUGUACGAUAAGCUUGAUGCUAUCUUUGCUGUAAGCUAGUCUUGUUGUGUUUCAAAUUAUAGCGUUGAUUCAUUUCUUAGAUCGUCUUGAGUUCCAGCAGGCGACCGAUUUGAUAAUAGAUUAUCGUUGUGAAAGCUAAAUACUUACACACUGUGCUGUAAAAUGUAACUGGAAAGUAAUGUUCAUAAUGGUGCGUUAUCAUUCCACCAUGGAUAUUCUAUUAGAACAACAAACCUGACAAUGAUCUGACACUUUAAACUGUAAAAGGUGUUUUUCCUAGAUGUGUUGUACCUGUAACGCAAACUGCAGCGUUAUUUCUGUGUAACUGUUGUACAGUAACUGUUACCAAAUACCGUUUAAUAAUGUCUUUACAUUUUGAAUUAUAUAUAUUUAUAUUACAUCAUCAACUAUUAUGUAUUAUGCUGCUUUAGAAGGAAAAAGCUGUAUAUUUUGAAAUCUCAUGAACCUAUUCUAAAUAUUGUGCAAUUGUUACAGCAUAACAUGUUCAUGUCCGUAAGAGAUUAUAAUUUGAAAAUUGAUGUCUACCUGUCCUGUGACUUUCGAUACGUGACUUUAAAUAAUUAAUAUCUCGGAUCAACUGUUCCAACGUCGUUGGUAUGCAUUAUAACAAUUAUGGACCUGUUUACUCGUCUGAUUGAAAUAUUGGCCGAGAACAUUGGACACAGUGACCCGAACAGAAGUCUAUUUGGACGUAUAUUAUGUUAUGAUGAUGAGGUAAAUUUCAAAUUGUAUCGACCUGAUCAAAGUAUGCACCGAAGUAUAAGAACCAUGGUCAGAUCCGUAGACUUUGAUAUUCACCGAUAUUGCCAUACAGAAUUUGAAUUUUAUAUUUUUCCCCCAUUUUUUUAUUUCAUUUCAGUACAUUGAUAUUAAUACAUAUACAUUAUGUUCAUCAUAUGGAUACAAUACUCAUAAAACGUCAACAUAUCAUGUUUCAACAUUUUGUCCAUAUAUUUCAGCAAAGUCAAAAAAGUAUAUAUUGUGCAUAAUAUCUAUCUCUGAAAUGUUUUUCAAAUACUAAUUAAGGAUGGAAAAUGUUUGAUGAAUAAGGAAAUGAUGGAGCGUCCUUAAAGAAAAAACAGGAAGAAAGCGGUACAUAUUUGAGGAAAAAGUUGUUUUCAUGCUUGGAUUUAGUAAAGAAAAGAGGUUUAAGAAGCGGAGGGAACUAAGUAUACAAAGAAAGAAAAAAAGGCUGUUUUGCUCAGACAAAAGUUCUCUGUUGGUAUACAUCACCAUGAAAUUCAGUCCAUUUUGAAUGGUAUACAUCUUAUCCUUCAAACAAGCAACGGUAUAUUCGAUAUCAAUCCGUUUCUCAAGAUAAAGCUUAAAUAAAUUAAAAGUUGGAGGUGUUUAUCUUUAUUUAUUUCUAAAAACUAUAGCUGUCACAGGAGUGACGAAUUAUGCCCCCACAAUACGGCCUUGUCACAGAAGUAAGCCAAUUUCAAAGUCAAACUUGUCCUAUAUUUGAUGAUGUUACACCUGUGUAUCAAAAAUGAUUUAAAUCUGUCAACCCUGCAAAUAAAGUUUUAUUUUUCUGGGUCAAUGUGACCUUGACCUUUUACCUACUGACCUCAAAAUUAAUAGGGGUCAUCUGUUGGUCAUUAUCAACCUCUCUAU